ACUGAACGCAAUUGCGCGAUCUUUUAUGGCGACAGGGAGAUGAUGUUUUGCAGGCAAAUCAACCCAAAUAGUGCCCGCGGGCCCCGAAAGCGGCGCACAUGCACGGAAAGCGCUGCCGAGGCCAGGCCUCCAUGAUGGGCAUGGCGGAUAAAUACAACGUGAAGUACCUGAGAGUAUUCGUAGAUCCGAUAUCGUCAAUCCCCGACCACUUCGAAUUCCAAUUAGCAACAACGCAAUAGCCAGUGUAAAAACAAGGCCAUGCCUUCUACCCGCAAAACUACAGUUCUUAUUACAGGUUGUACGCCUGGUGGCAUUGGCCACAGCCUUGCUACCGAGUUCCAUCGUCGCGACUGUCAUGUCAUCGCCACCGCGCGCAACCCCGAUGUUUUGAAGGAACUCGAGGCCGAAGGGUUCAGCAUUGCUCAGCUGGACGUCACCGAUCAGGCAAGCGUGGAUGCCUGCAAGAUUGAGACUGAGCGCCUCACCGGAGGGAAGCUCGACAUUCUAGUAAACAAUGCUGGCCGCCCCCAUGUGAUCCCCAUCCUCGAUGGUGAGAUGGAUGACAUCCAGAAGACCUACGACGCCAACGUCUUUGGGCCCAUGCGCACCGUGAAAGUCUUCAUACCGUUACUCAUCAAAGCCCGCGGGCUUGUUGCCAACAUCUCUUCGAACUCGUCGCAGAUCCCUUAUCUCUUUGGUGGGAUCUACUCUUCCACCAAGGGAGCCAUUGACGUCUGGUCCCGCGCACUGCGAUUAGAACUCGAGCCCUUCCACGUCCGCGUCAUGGUGGCGAUGACAGGCACGGUCAAAUCCAACUUUGCCGGCAAGACUCACAGAUCGCUCCCCGAGAACUCCCUGUACAUGCCUGUCAAAGACAAGUUUGAGUGGCGGUUGACGUAUAGUCAAAAUCACGGCACGUAUGAUACGGAUCGAUAUGCAAAGGCCUUUGUCGAUAGUGCGCUCAAGGGCGAGGGCUGGUUUGGCGGCCUUAUCGGGGGCUCUCCGUCUUGGUUCUGGUGUGGAGGGAUGGCGACCACGGUCUGGUUGUUGACGCUGUUGCCUAGGGUUAUGAUGGAGCGCAUCCUCUCGGUGUACUGGGGCAUGGGCAAGAUGAAGCGGCAGAUUGAGGAGGCGGCCAGGAAGAGGGUUGACUGAAGGGGGCUGCACCAAAGUCUUGAAUGGCCACCAAGCUGUUGUCACUGUCUGUUCUCUCACUUUUCAUUGCCUUUUCCUGCGACAGGUUCCGGCUGCGUUAGUGAAUAGUUAGUAUUUCCAACGUACCGUCGCAAUGUCUUAAUGAAUCAACCAAUCACCUCCUCGUUCGAAAAGGCCCUGACUAACGAAGCAGCUGGGAAAAGCCGCAGAUCGAGGUGGUUGGCGCAAAAUCUUUGUUACAAGAACCUUGAUGGUCAGUGGAUUCAACGUUGGCGGGGAUGGAAGAUGGAUGCCUGUCAACAGCGUCCCCCUUUGAUCGCAACCCUGGCCCUCGCGCUUCUCUUAGUGGUAAGCUUGUUUCAAGCUUAUUCUUA